UAGCUCGGUUGGCUCUUCGUCUUUUCAACCCGUCGCUUCAGUCCUGACGUAGCCAUAAAUGGUGACACGUGGCGGCCUGCCAUUGGUCAUCAGGCAGCCAACCUGCCGUUUUUGCCAGAAUUUGAAUUUGGGCGGUCUCUUUCGCCUAUACAUACAUGCCCCCCAUCAUUCCAUUUCUUCCUACUGCUGCUUCCAUUACUGACGAUUCUGAAGCUCAAGCCUUUUUCUCAAACUCCACUGCCAUUCUUCGUGAUUGUGGGAUUAGGCCCUGCCCUUCUCUGGUAAGUCAUUCUACCUUUAUCCUGUUGCCAUUUUCUUUUAUUUUACACACAUUAGGGCACAAAAACGUAGCUUUUAGGGCAUAGACCAUAGAAAACGUCCCAAACCUCCCACUGUUCUUGGUGUUCUUCGUCUUCCUGAAGAACGCUGAAGAACUGGGGUGAACCGGGCUCUGGGCCUUCUUUUGAUCCAAAAAACCAACCAAACCGGGCAAACAAUAUGUUUGUUUCAACCACAGCAAAAACCGAGAUAACCAAAGGACUUGGUCGCUCAACCGGGCUAACAUCAGGUCUGCUUGGGCGACCGAGCUCCUUAAUUAGACAACCGAGGUGGUUUGGCACCCUUACUGACCGAGCUGAAGUCUAGCUCCUAUUGCGAAAUCGCGCUCACUUACACUUGCCAUCCUUUUCCUGCAGAGUCCAAGGGGACCACUGUCAUUCCUGAACCUCUCAGGACCGAGCUGCAACCAAUUACCACCGUGCCCAACCCAUCAACCGGGCUAUAGUAAGUCGGCCACAAAUGGGGAAAUUCCGCUUCCUAGUGGAUACUCCGGCCGCGCUAGCCGCUUUCAGAGAGGAGUACGGCGUCCCGGCCGACGUCCAUCUCGAGCUGGCCGAAGAAGAGACCACGCCUUGGGGUAGGGAGGAAUGCCCCUUCACCGUGCUGUCCAUUGUCGAAGGGGGCCUUCGUUUCCCUCUUAACCCACUGAUUAUCGAGUUCUUACGCCGAACCGAGCUAGCGCCAACCCAAGUGUCCACCAACACGUACAGGAUAAUAAACGGCGUUCAUGAGCUAAACAACCGGUUAGGCAUUAGCCUAGGUCUAGCCGGGGUCCUACGCCAAUACACCUUGGGCCACACCGGCGACGGUCUCGCCUAUUACCUCAAGAUUAGACCGGGCAGAGAGAAAAUCGUAACCGGCACACCAGACAAGGAUCUUCACGAUGAUGAUUUCUUCUGGGUGUCUGGCAACUACGAGACCGCCGAGGUACCGGGCUGGAUGAUUAGCAAAAAUUUUGAGAGCACAUGUAAGCCGCGCAAAUUAUCCCGGUCUAUACACUUUCUCGAUUUCUGUGUAGUUUUUAAUCAUUCUCUUGUUUCUUUUGCAGCCAUCCAAGCCUUGCAAGCUAACUACAAUUUCCUCAACGUAGAGGCAAUCAGGACCGCGCUUCGCUACCGCAACCGAGAUUGUAACCAACUCCUCGGCUACAGUCCCACAUAUAGAUACUCCGCUCCCCGCCGGAGUAAAGUGACUGACUUCCUCCGAGCUCCAACACCUCCACCGGAUCCUAGUCUGCCAGACGUUCCCCUCAUUCGCCUGACCGAGGAAGAAGAAAUGGCCAAGCGUAGCAGAAUCAAGAACCUGCUCACCGCCACAUCCGCCGAGGUGCCGAGCGUCGUAACUCAGUCUCCUGCCGCCGGUCAAUCCAGUGGUGCAGUGGUUGCCCUUGCCUCUCAAUCCGCCGGGCAAUCCAGCCGAGAACCAUCUGCGCGGCGCACCGGAAAAAGAGCUCGGGUAGACCCAUCCGCUGAGUUAGCCGCCGAGCUAACUACUGAGCAUCCAACUGACACCCCCGCCCCAGUACCGGCCUGGCGCCCCCACUUGAAGCACCGGGGUCAGGAUAUCCCGGCAACGGCUUCGAUCAAGGCUGACAAAGAGCAUCUGCUCGCCUUUGAUCUGUCAAAAGCUCUGCUACUACCGAGCGACGUGGUCGGCAGCGACCACGUCCCCGACACUCGGUUGGUCAAGUCGUCAGUGAAGUCUAUGGCCAGGGCCAUUCAAAAACAACACUUGGUUUUGGAGCGCAUCCACCGGCUUAGGCAAAAAGCCAACGACACAGCCAGCCAGGUUGAAAGCCUUCAAGCCGAGCUCGGCCGGGCUAAGUCUUCGCUUGAAAUGGCCAACUCCGACAAUAACAGGCUGCUCGGCCAGCUGAAUGUGGCCGAGAAAAAACGAGAUGAGCUCCAAGCCGAGGUGGACAUUCUGAAGAAAUCGAAGAAGAAAGCAUGCCGGGCUGCAAACACCGCUGGCUUCAACGAGGCCGAGGAGAGCUACAAGAAGCAGGUCUUUGCAACGCAAGACAUCUACUUCAAAGCAGGCUGGAAGUCUGCCUGCGAACACCUCGGCCAAGGCUCCGGCACCGACGUAUUUGCCAACCCUCCUCCAGCUUCGCUACCGGUCUACCUUGUGCCUUACGCGAACGACGUAUUCAGCGCUCUGCAAGCAGAGGCCGAGGAGGGACUUGAAGAUGGAGAGGAUGACACUGAUUCAAAGGCAGAGGAGGCCGAGGUGCCGGAGCAGCCCGGCAGUGCUGAGCCCGGUGCCCAAGAAGUCAGUCCUAUCAUCAACCUUGAUGCCGGCGAGGACGAGUUCACCAAUCUCUCCCCCCUAGUUUAGUUUUCUUUUUCCUUGUUUUUGUAUUUUUGCUUCCAACCCCUUUGAUGUAA